GCUGCCGGACUGGUACCGUAGUGUAUAUAAACCGGCAGAGAGAAGAGGCUGCUCAGCACUGGUCAAAGCAGAAAGACCCGAGCAAGAUUGGUUAAUUGAACACACAGAGUGGCACGACUGCACAAAUCCUGAAUAACGGUCUGUCUGCUGACUGUUUGCACAGAGUUUUGUGAACAUUGUAAACAAGAGCUAUCUUCUGUGCUCUGCGAGGUCGGUGAGGUACUCUAGUGAACAUCAUCUGCUAACACAGGAGCAAAGAUGGAGAAGCUGGAGGAUGGCAAGCCAAAGAAGAAGAUAACCUGUUACCUCCUCUACUGUAUUUCUACAGCCGUCAUUGGUUCACUUCAGUUUGGCUACAACACCGGGGUCAUCAAUGCACCCGAGCAGAAACUGCGUAGGUUCUUCCACAAUGUGUCUUUGGACCGGUAUGGAGAGCCUUUCAGCCCAGGAGCCAACACCAUGGUGUGGAGUGUGGCUGUGGCCAUCUUCAGCGUGGGAGGCAUGAUAGGAUCCUUCUCUGUGGGAGCCUUGGUAAACAAAUUUGGCAGACGUAAGUCCAUGCUGUUGUCUAAUGUCCUGGCCCUGCUGGGUGCUGGUCUGAUGGGACUGUCCACCGUGAGUCGUUCUUUUGAGAUGGUCAUCAUUGGCCGGUUGAUUAUCGGCUGUUUCUGUGGUCUGUGCACGGGUCUGACACCCAUGUACGUAGGAGAGAUCUCUCCCACUGCUCUCCGAGGCGCCUUUGGCACCCUGCACCAGCUGGGCGUAGUUAUUGGCAUCCUGGUGGCACAGAUCUUUGGUCUCGAGUUUCUUCUGGGCUCAGAUACCUUGUGGCCUCUGCUGCUGGCUUUGACUGCCUUCCCUGCCAUAGUGCAGAGCAUCAUGCUGCCCUUCUGUCCCGAGAGCCCUCGUUACCUCCUCAUCGUCCUCAAUCAGGAGGAAGAGGCGCAAAAAGCUCUGGUGCGUCUACGUGGCUGUGAAGAUGUGAGCGAUGACAUCCAAGAGAUGAAGGAGGAAGGGAUGAGGAUGGCCAUGGAAAAGAAAGUGACCAUCCCUGAACUCUUCCGCUACCCAGCGUACCGUCAGCCCAUCAUCAUCGCCAUCGUCCUUCAGCUCUCCCAGCAGCUGUCUGGCAUCAACGCCGUCUUUUACUACUCCACAGGCAUAUUUGCCACUGCUGGUGUAACCCAGCCGAUCUAUGCUACCAUCGGAGCUGGAGUGGUCAACACCGUUUUCACUGUGGUCUCUCUCUUCCUAGUUGAACGGGCGGGACGAAGGACCUUGCAUCUGAUUGGAUUGGCUGGAAUGGCUGUCUGCGCCCUGCUCAUGACGAUCUCCCUCUCGUUGGUGAAGGUCAACAAGUCCUUGAGCUACAUGGCCAUAGUGGCAGUAUUUGGCUUUGUUGCGAGUUUCGAGAUGGGUCCAGGUCCCAUCCCCUGGUUCAUCGUGGCUGAGCUCUUCUCUCAGGGCCCCCGGCCUGCUGCCAUUGCUGUCUCUGGUUUCAGCAACUGGACCGCCAACUUCCUGGUUGGCCUAGGUUUCCCUAAACUGGAGGAACUGUGUGGUCCUUACGUGUUCAUCAUCUUCAUGAUUCUCCUCAUCAUCUUCUUCAUCUUCACCUUCCUGCGUGUGCCUGAGACCAAAGGAAGGACCUUCGAUGACAUCGCCCAGGCAUUUGCUGCCAGCGCGAGCAGCCCGUCCCACUCCUCGGUUCCUGAGGGGGUGCCAGUGCCAGAGAGCAAAGGAGCCCCGCCCACCUCCCCCACAGAAAAGGUCCCUAUGGUGGAUCUUCCCCCAGAGAAGUCAGGACCACUAAGUCCUUAGAGACGGGAGGGAAAACUUAGGACACCAGACAGAAAACAGGGUUCAAGCACAUAAAUACUGCAAGUUAAAUAUUCAUCAGUUAACUGUUCGUUUACAGACGAUACUUCAACAACAGGGUUUGUAUUAGACAGUGUUGCAGGCAGAGACAAUGAAAGAGUAUAUGCUAGACAAAGUCCGCCCAUAUGAGGAUUGAAGUGUUAAUACAGAAACUUUUUUUUUUUUUUUUUUUUUUUUUAGAUUUUUUUAAUCUCCUCUUGUUUAUUGUUAAUACUCCUUAUAAUGUUUAACGACUGUUUUUAGCCAUUAUAGAUGCCAAAAUGAUUUAUAUAAUUCAGUGUAAGGCUGCUUUAAACAUGAGCUUAAAUGAGUGACUACUACUUAAUCUUUGUGGACAUUCCAAGUGCCAGCCCCCAGCGUAUUGCCAUAUAAGAGGAUCAUUAUCUGUUCAGUGUUAAGCCCCAGGUCCUGAUGUGCCCCUGGUGAUAAAGAGUGUAGGAUUUAGGGGUCGUAUGUAUUGAGGUCAAGCUAAUAUAGCCGGUUUUGGAGCCCACUAGUUUGACCCAAAAAGGUUUUCGCUUGCGAUUCUGUCUUUGUGCAUGGUUCGUCUUUGUCCAAGGCGUGGGGAACCUAGACAGACUAAACGUGGAGGACAUAGCAGGCCUUUUCCUCUUCAGGCAUGCCAAAACGUUGCACUGACUACAGACUUUAACUAAAUACAUCAAGGCAUGUACACUCAGUGGCCACUUUAUUAGCUCCACCUGUACAAUCUAAUGCCGUUCACUGCAACAGCUCUGCCAUAAAUUUUACCUUUUAAGAAAGUUUAUAAUGUUCAGUUUUUGCUGACAUUGUCAAGAAUGAGUAAAUUUAAUUAUAGGUUUAUUAUCGAGCUUGUAGCUUGCAGAGGUGUUUGAGAGGUGUUUCUAACUUUCUUGUCCACUUUAUUUCUAUACAUGAGUGGGACAGAAUAUUAGAAACACCUCUCAGUAAAAUGCAGUCCAGUAUAACAGCACCACUAACUAUGAGCUCAAUUG